UUUAACUCAACUCUUCUCAACGCUGUUCUACUUUAUCUCAACUUACUACUUCCAGGAAAGCGCUUUAAACACAUAUCUCCAAAUGAUGCACUCGGCACAGAAAGACACCACGUUCACCAAGAUCUUUGUGGGAGGUCUGCCUUAUCACACAACGGACUCAAGUCUCAGGAAAUAUUUCGAGGUGUUUGGAGACAUAGAGGAGGCUGUUGUCAUCACCGAUCGGCAGACGGGGAAAUCCAGAGGUUAUGGAUUUGUGACCAUGGCAGACCGGGCCUCUGCUGACAGAGCCUGCAAGGACCCCAACCCCAUAAUAGACGGCAGGAAAGCCAAUGUGAACCUGGCAUACCUGGGGGCCAAGCCCAGGGUCAUACAGCCAGGAUUUGCAUUUGGUAUGCCUCAGAUCCAUCCAGCAUUCAUCCAAAGGCCUUAUGGACUCCCUGCCCACUACGUCUACCCUCAGGCCUUUGUCCAACCCAGCAUGAUGAUCCCUCAUGUACAGCCUUCUGCUGCUACAGCAACAGCUGCUGCUGCCACUUCUCCAUACCUUGACUAUACUGGAGCGGCGUAUGCCCAGUACUCUGCGGCUGCUGCCACUGCUGCCGCCGCCGCUGCUGCAUACGAGCAGUAUCCGUACGCAGCCUCACCAGCACCAACAAGCUACAUGACUACAGCAGGGUAUGGAUACGCUGUCCAGCAGCCACUUGCCGCUGCUGCUACCCCAGGAGCUGCGGCAGCUGCUGCCGCCUUCAGCCAGUACCAACCUCAGCAGCUCCAGACAGAUCGCAUGCAGUAAAACCAUGAAAACUACCUUAAAGGAGGAAAGCAGAGGAUGUCAUGAAGAGGGCGAAGCUAUAAGAUGGGAAGCCUGUAGGGGCUGAAUGAUAGUUGUCACUCCCAGGUUUUAACUUAGCAGUCCUUCUACCAAAGAGCCUGAAGAAAAUCACCUUAAAAUGUGGAGAGAAAUUAGUAAUUACUGUAUAUUUUAUUCAAGUGAGAGCAGUAUUUUGUCACUAUUGAAUAUAUAUGAAUAUUUAAUAUUUAUUCAACCGUAAAAUAUUUAAUGUUAAUUGAAGUAGACUCACUGGACCUAAUGUCAACCAUUGCUGAAUUUUGUAUGUAAAUAUUGCAGUGGAAUUUGUAUAAAAUGUCAAAUUGCAGUCACGUCUUAUGAUCAGAUUUCUUCCUCACUUCUUUGAAAACAAACCCAAACACAUAUGAGAACAGUAUGUCACGUCAUCAUGCAGUUUUCAGUAUUUCAUAGUUUUGGACCAGUAUUUAGUUUGGUAAAGCUAUGCAGACAUUGAUAUAGAAGUUAGUGUUUUGUUAAGAUUGUUCUCUUUUUUUUUUAUAACUGUUUGGUGUGAGAUAGAUUAGACACUGUCAACUAGUUCCCUUUUAAAAUGCAUUUUCUUGAUAGCUGGUAAGACGAAAUGCUGAAAUUACAGCUGAAGCUGGUAAAAGUACUCAGCUUUCUUCCCUUUUAAAUUGCACCUCAAGUAAACUCAGCAUAAGGGAAGAAACAUUGAUGAAUGUGAAUCUUUCUUUUUGAUGACAUUUUUCAUAAUGUGCCUUUUUAAAUUAUGCUAUUUAUGUAUUUAUUAUGGAGCCUUACAGAAAUAAACCCUUUAUUUUGUGUCCAUAUGUUAGUAUGAAGCCUACUAUUAAACAUGUCCACAUGUGCUGCUGCAUGAUUGAUGAUUAAUGAUUGAUGAUUAAUGAUUAAAAGCAUUUGUUGGAUGUUUAAACUUGGCUUAACAAAAGGAUACACUGUGUAUAAAGAACAAAAGAUGAGUGUAAAGGUAGCAAUAAGUCCAAAGCAUUUUCUGUUUUCUGUAGAUUUAAUGUCUCAAAUCCGUCGCUUUUUAUACUUGACCAGUUUGAUAGACAGUGUGAGAACUGUUAACUUUUUAAAAUUUUUACAUUUGAUGUCAUUAGACAUAAAAUGUUUUCCAAUGCAAGGGCAUCACCUGUUUCACCUUGCAUUUUGUAAUGCAUGACUCAAAAUAUUGCAAACAUUUAAUAUGUGAAAUAAAAGGAAAAUUUACCUUCAACUUUUUA